AUGAGCUGUGAGAGUGCCAGAAACUUCAAGCGUAAAGUGAAAAAACGUCCAAACAGUAGUGCAUUGACAACCAAGCAAAAGGAAGGUGAAGUAAUUUUGUCAAACGGUUACACUGUACGGUAUAGGUCAAAAGUAGUAAUAAUUUUUUAAAUGAUGUAACAGUCGUUUUUUAUUAAAUGAAAAUAAACCUGUAGAACCAGUCUACAUUAACAACCACUUUACUUUACUUUCAGAUAUUCUGCCAGAAUUCUCUCUAAAACCAGGUAGAUUCACUGUAGAAGUUUGCCUUGAUCAUUAUAUACGGCUGAUUCAAGAAGGUUGUCCUUUGCAAACGAUAAACAUUAAACCUUAAACUCUGAUGGGGGCAUCAUUUAAUCAUUUCAGAAGAAAUCGUAUAUGGGGCCUAUUUCUUAGAGACAUGCUAAAUAUCUCCUUACAACAACAAUUCAGUCACAAAUAGCUGCAAUAUUGAACUACUAGAUUGAAACUUGUGCUCCCAUUAAGCUCUGUGCACUUAGAGUUUAAGGUUUACAGUUUAAGGUUUGCAAAGGACAACCUUUUUUGAAUUGGCUGUAUGAAUUGUUUUGUUUGAUCAAUACAGUUAAUACAUUGGGUGGGUGUUUAAUGCAUUGUAAAGGACGAUCAUGUCCUAUUGCAUUUUACACCUGCCUCAUGGUAAAUCUUUAUAUAAAUGAUACAAAGAUGCAGUGAAAACUAUUGAGUCAUCUGAGAAACCGUCGUUUAAAAUGAAUAAGGCAAAACAUACUUGUUUUAGGGUCCUUUUCCGUCAUGAAUUACUGUACUGUUUCUAUGCCUAGUAACGUGUUUACUUUAAUUAGGAGAUCAAGUGGAAAUCCUAAAUGCCAAUAAUCAGGAAAUUGGAAGCGGAGAAAUCACCUCCCAAAUUACGGUGCACAGAUAUGAAGUAGCAGGUGGUUGGAUUCCUCUUCUUGUGAAAGAAAUAGUGCCUAUUACAAAGACAUGGUCUGAAUACCCAAGUCAUUCGGGUACUGUGGAGAUAAAGAGUUUUGUUGCUUGGCCAAGCGUCCAUUUGCGUGUGAAGGAGUAG